AUGCUUCGCUUGGGCUCUGCCAAGCCUGGGUCCUGGGCCAGCUUCUGGGCCAUCCUGACCUUGGUGGGGCUGGCCACUCGAGCAGCUCAGAGAGCCGACGUGGGCGGCGAGGCCACGGGCACCCCCAUCAACCACUCCCAGACGCUGCUCCAGCGCUUGCAGGAGCUGCUAAGGCAGGGCAACGCCAGCGACGUGGUCCUGCGGGUGCAGGCGGCGGGUACCGACGAGGUCCGCGUCUUCCACACGCACCGCCUGCUGCUCGGCCUGCACAGCGAGCUGUUCCGGGAGCUGCUGAGGAACCAGAGCGAGGUGGCGCUUCAGGAGCCCCGGGACUGUGCUGCCGUCUUCGACAAGUUCAUCAGGUACCUCUACUGCGGGGAGCUGACCGUGCUGCUGGCCCAGGCCAUCCCCCUGCACAGGCUGGCCACCAAGUACGGCGUGGCCUCCCUGCAGCGCGGCGUGGCCGACUACAUGCGCGCGCACCUGGCGGGCGGCGCGGGCCCGGCGGUGGGCUGGUACCACUACGCGGUGAGCACCGGGGACGAGGCCCUGCGCCAGAGCUGCUUGCAGUUCCUGGCCUGGAACCUGUCGGCCGUGGCGGCGAGCGCAGAGUGGGGCGCCGUGAGCCCCGAGCUGCUGGCGCAGCUCCUGCCGCGCUCGGACCUGGUGCUGCAGGACGAGCUGGAGCUGUUCCACGCGCUCGAGGCGUGGCUGGGCCGCACCCGGCCGCCCCCCGCCGUGGCCGAGCGCGCGCUGCGGGCCAUCCGCUACCCCAUGAUCCCGCCGGCGCAGCUGUUCCAGCUGCAGGCGCGCUCGGCGGCCCUGGCGCGCCACGGCGAGGCGGUGGCCGACCUGCUGCUGCAGGCCUACCAGUUCCACGCCGCCUCGCCGCUGCACUUCGCCAAGUUCUUCGACGUCAACGGCAGCGCCUUCCUGCCCCGCAACUACCUCGCGCCCGCCUGGGGCGCCCCGUGGGUCAUCAACAACCCGGCCCGCGACGACCGCAGCACCAGCUUCCAGACGCAGCUGGGCCCGAGCGGCCACGACGCGGGCCGCCGGGUCACGUGGAACGUGCUCUUCUCGCCGCGCUGGCUGCCCGUCAGCCUGCGGCCCGUCUACGCGGACACCGCGGGCCCCGCGCUGCCCGCGGCGCGCCCGGAGGACGGCCGGCCGCGCCUGGUGGUCACGCCGGCCAGCAGCGGCGGCGACGCGGCGGGCGUGAGCUUCCAGAAGACCGUGCUGGUUGGGGCGCGCCAGCAUGGCCGCCUGCUGGUCCGCCACGCCUACAGCUUCCACCAGAGCAGCGAGGAGGCGGGCGACUUCCUGGCGCACGCCGACCUGCAGCGGCGCAACUCCGAGUACCUGGUGGAGAACGCCCUUCACCUGCACCUCAUCGUCAAGCCGGUCUACCACACCCUCAUCCGGACCCCCAAGUAG